AUGUCACAUCAGACCAACACACACACGGGUUUCGACAUGCUGAGUCGCAUCGUGUGUCUCCUCGAGGCGCCCGUCCAGCAGACUUGGACGCACCGCAACAUCACCCGCGAGGCGAUGAAGCGCGCCGCCGUGCGCCGGUUUCGCGCGCUCGCAAACGACAGACGCAUUAACUACGGUCCGGACGAGCUCGACACGGUGGCCAACGUGUUCAUCAAGCUGUACGGUCGAAACGCGACGGGCGCCGGCGUGGCGUUCGCGGCGCGGGCCGAGCUGUUGGCCGACCAGGUGGCGCGCGCCGACAGCGGUGCUGCCGGCAUUGACCCCAGGUAUCAUUUUGACGCGGAGCAGCUGAAGGAGGCUCAGAAGCUGCUGCAGGUGCGACACCAGCAGCUGGUGACGUCACUGGUGUCGGGCGGCCGCGCGGCGGGCGCGCUGAGGCUGCUCGGGCUGCAGCUGAACGCCAUCCAGGACUUCUACAGUCACUCCAGCUGGGUCGACCUCGGGCGGAACGGCAUCAACUUUGCGCUCGGUAUUCCGGGCCAGGAUGUGGGCGCCGCGGCCGAGGAGAACGACGUCGUCUGCGUGGACUGCGACCAGGCGGACGGCACCUGCUAUAACAACGUGAUCCGCGACGGCAGGCUGACGUCCGGCUACCUCAGCGGACAGCGCAUCAAUGGCGCCAGCGUCACCAAACCGCAGAACCGAGGCAAGUGUAGCCACGGCGGCGUGGGAGACUCGAGUCGCACCCAGCCGGCCAUUGGCGGGGUCAGCAAGGACAGCCUGGCGCCCUGCUUCUCACCGCACCACUACGCGCACAGUCGCGCCGCGGAGUUCGCCGUCCAGGCGUCCGAGGCCUACAUCUCGGCGGUGCUGGCGGCCGUGGGCGAGGAGCGGGCCGACUGGCUCCGCGUCAUUCCUGGUGUAUUGCGGGGUCGCGGCAGUGUCGCCGUCGUCCUGCUGCCCCCGUCUGGACAGGUCCCGGCGUUGGUCCGGUUCGGGUGA